AUGCAAUGCCAACAAAUGGGCAACCGAUGUACCGAAACAAAGCCCAUCUUUAUUUCACACCGCCCUUUCAAGCCCGAUGCAAGAAGCAAUAUUAAAUUACAGCAUUGGCGAGAAACACUACGAGGAUAUUAUUUCUUCUCGCCUUUUCUUUACUACCAUCACGGCACCAUUUACUCCCCUUGCUUGAAGACCAUCGUCCACCCCCAAUUCGGGUUAAAUUACAUAUCAAUUGGAUUUUCCUUCUUUCCCUCCGUUUUUUCAAAACCUAAAACACGAAACGUUAAGUUUGUUUUGUUUACUUUUGAUACUUUUAGCUUUCUUGCUUUAUUUUAUUUUUGUAUUGUGUUCUUUUUUUUUCAUAUAUUUAAUUUGGCUCAAGAUCUUCGACUCGCACCGGCAGUCUAUUUCCCCUUAGUAAUUUCAAAUUUCAUAUAA